GGCCUUGAUGAAGAGAAUUAUGAGUCAAGAAAUGUGGAUGGUGAAGUGGACUGGAACUAUGUUUAGCUUUCCUUUUUAUAUUUAAAAUCCACAUUUUACGCAUCACAUAAUUCAAUAGGAUCAACGAAAACAUGAAAGAGGAGCAAGCACAGGGUGCAGAUACAUCCAUGAGAGAUCCACAAAAACAUGUCAAUCCAGAUUUCAUGGACAAAGUUAAUGACCCCUUAUACAAGAAUCAAUGAGGAUGAUGCUGACUCGGCGGUAUGGAGUGAAGGCUCAAUGUCCAAAUACAUUGACUUCUCUGAUGCUCAACCUCACUCACAGACUUGCGUGUAAGAUCACACAUUACACUGAAGCAAGAAUCUCAAUCAGUAACUCUAAAAAGGAUUCAAAAGAUCUGGCGAUUUAAUAUUUUCAAGGCAGACUUUCAAGGCUACACUGAAUUUCAGGGAGGGAAACUGGUAAAUCGCUAUAGAGUAUCUCACUUGAGAUCAAUAUUACAGUCCUUAGGCUAGUUACAAGAACUGAACACACAUGUGACCCCUAGCCCCGUUAUGAUCGUUAUUACUCGCAAGUGACAUGAAGGAUGUGUAUCAUUGUACUAUAGAAUAUACAAUUAUAAUUGUACCACUAAUCAUGGUCUUGUAAUUGAAUGAUAGUAAUACUACAUGUCCAUUUCACAAUAUUCAUGUGGAGAAAUAAAUUGCCAGCUCAUAUGUCCCUGUCCUUGUGAUUAGAUAGCAUAUUGGUGAAUAUAGCUAGGGACCACCCAAGUUCACAAGACUAAAACAGGACACACUGAACCAAACUGGAAAAAAUAACUUGCAUUGUACCACAGUUGUAUAUAAGGAUGAUAAAUCUACUUCUCAUGUGACCAACCAUCCUAAUCUUACAUUCUGUGAAAAAUGCAGAAAAGGAAAAUACACUCACAGUUUUGAAACGCCAGAUAUCAUAUCCAUAUGUAGUGGCAGACCAAAAGAAAUCAACACUGACUUUGGUGAAGAUGAUGACAAAAGUAUUAAAAGCCACUUGGUCCAUUCAACACAACCAAACAGCAUGUGACAUAUGCCUUGGGAAUGUUUACAAUGCUGCAAAACAUUGUAAGACUUGCAAGGCCUCAUUCUGUGUGUCACCUGGCUGACCACUUCAAGGCACGCGCAUUGUCUUCAAAUUGUUUAGUUAAUCUUGAACAGACAUCGAGAGUGUCACAAGAAAAAGUGAGGUCAAUGAGCAUUUCAGAUCAUGUUGACCUUCCUGAGGUGAGAGUAAUGUUGUUGGGGAAGACUGGAGCAGGAAAGAGUGCAUCAGGAAACAUCAUCCUGGGCAGUGAGAUGUUUAAGUCGGAGGUGUCUACUUUACCAGUGACCAAACACUGUGAAAGUCAAAGUGGAGUUGUGGUGGGAAGAAACGUCACUGUUAUUGACACACCAGGGAUCACAUUAGAGAAGGAUUCAUGGCUGUCAGCAAAGAAAAUUAAAGAACUUGGGCCCCAUGUUUUCUUAUUGGUGAUUCCACUGGGCAAAUUUCCUGAGGAGGACAGCAAUGAAGUUAACUGGAUUCAAAGCAACUUUGGAGAAGAGGCUCUGAAGUUCACCAUCGUUUUGUUCACUGGAGGAGAUGUGAUGGAUCAAAAUCUUAAAGAGGAAUUUCUGAAUGAGAAUUGUGGACUUCAGACUAUUCUUGAUUGUGUGGAAGGAAAAUAUUGUGUCUUAAACAACAACUUUCCAACAGACCAUCAAGUAAAGGGGCUCAUCAAGAAGAUUGACCAUACACUGAUGAAGAAUGCAGGUUAUGCCUACAACAAUGAAGUGAAGAUAAAGAUGAAGACAACUGUGAGACAGGAAGAGGAGAGGAAGACAGGAAAACAGAAUCGAGAGCUGAGGAAAAUGAGAAGAAAUAAGGCACAUAUUCCAGGUAUUCCGUGGAUGUUGUUGAUUGUGCUUGGUGUCAUGAUGUCACUUCAGACUGUCAGAUUCCACCACUUUGGCCACAUAACUAAAGAUGCUGUCCACCUUCCUGAGGUGAGAGUAAUGUUGUUGGGGAAGACUGGAGCAGGAAAGAGUGCAUCAGGAAACAUCAUCCUCGGCAGAGAGGUGUUUAAGUCUGAAGCGUCUGAUUUCCCUGUAACUACGUAAAUACUGUGAGAGUCAACAUGGAGUUGUGGAUGGAAGAAACAUCACUGUUAUUGACACACCAGGAAUCACAUCAGAGAAGGGUUCAUGGCUGUCAGAAAAGGCAAAUACAAGUCUAGGACCCCACAUUUUCUUAUUGGUGAUUCACCUGGACAGAUUCACAGAGGAGAAUGACACCACAUUGAAGUGGAUCCAGACUAACUUUGGAGAGCAGGCUCUAAAGUUCACCAUUGUUUUGUUCACUGGAGGAGACCUGGUGGACAAAAAACAUGUAGAGAGAUUUUUUGAAAGAGAGCCCUGGACUUCAGACUCUGGUUGAUGGCACUGGUGGAGGAUAUCACAUCUUCAAAAAUAUAAAUCUAGAGAGGAAGAAACAGAUGAAGGGGCUGCUGGAGAAGAUAGAGGCCAUACUGGGAACGAAUACAGGCUACUCCUAUUCCUAUGGUCUGCAUGAAAUGGUGAAAACAACUAUGGACCCUUUCAACAAUCAAAACAAAAACAAUGCUUGAACGUUCUAUUUGGUCCCCAAUCUACUUCCUCUGCAUUAAGAUAACAUAUGGAAUGUUAAAAAGGAAGCCUUGUGGGGCCAACUAUGAUGCUGAUAAUGGAACUCUCUUGAAAGGGUCUAUAAGGGAGGAAGAAGACAGGAAGAGACUGGAAAUGGAAAGAUACUUUCGAGAGGCUGAAAAGGAACAACAAAGGAUGGAGCAGAAGAUUAAGGAACAGAUUAAAAGCAAAAUGACUGGCAGGAUUGCAGAUGCAACAGCUAUUUCUAAUGAAUUAAGGGAGAACAUCAAGGCAACAAAAGACCAGAAUUGGAGGGAUCAGGCUUUACUGAUUGGGCUUGUUAGUGGAGGUAUAUCACAUGCUAUUUUCUU